GCCUCAGUUAAUAUUUGGCGUUCGCUGCCGACGGUUGUAUUCUAGUUGCGCUCUUCCAAAACCUAUAAUCUACGUGGUUUCGUUCGGUCGUCUGUUCUAUUCAGAACCUCCUGAGGUGAUUCGUAUUGAUAAACCAACCUGUCUUCCUCAAUAGAAUCUACAUCCAAUAAGAAAAAAAAAUUCAACAUCAAUUAAGAACAUUGUGGUGUUUGUGAAUUUAUAAACAUUUACUAAAGAAAAGUGAAAAAAAUCUCAAUCGAUUCAGUGAAGUGUCCAUCUAUAGAUAUCCCAUUUCAUACCCCUAACCAGUGCUUGAACAAAACCAAUUCUGCCUGUUUCACCAACGUCAUUGUGAAUAGAAUGGCCCCACCCAACAAUGAGUUUUUCAUCUGAAGUGAUUGUGCCACGUGAAGUGAUCGAGCAGGAUGAAGGUCGCGGUCAACAGCAGCAACAACAACAACAACAACCUACAAAACCGCUUAUGGAUUGGGAAGCACCAGCAGCACAAGGUCUUUACGAUCCACAAAACGAGCAUGAGGCUUGCGGCGUGGGAUUCAUCGUGUCAAUCGAGGGCAAAGCCAACCAUAAGAUCUUACGCGAUGCCCAAACGCUGUCGAUUCGUAUGAACCAUCGCGGUGCUUGCGCCUGCGACAACGAUACCGGUGACGGUGCCGGUGUGUGCACCUCGAUUCCGCACAACCUGUACGCCAAGGAUCUGGCAUCCCGUGGAGUGCAGCUACCGGAACUAGGUCGCUAUGCCACCGGCAUUUUCUACCUGGAUAAGAACACCCACGAAGAGGCCAAAAAGGACUUCAACACGUUGGCGGAGAGCCUGGGAAUACAGGUGAUCUGCUGGCGUGAUGUUCCGACCAAUCAGGACGCGGUCGGUGCCGUUGCACGCAAGAGCGAACCUCUGUCGCAGCAGGUCUUCGUUACGGCCGAUGUCGACGAGGAGACGUUCAAGCGCCAGGUGUUCGUCCUGCGAAAGCGAGCAACCCAUGAGUUGGUCCGCCCUGGACGACGGUUCUACAUCUGUUCUCUGUCGACCAAGACCAUUGUCUACAAGGGUCUGUUCACCUCGGACCAGCUCUGGGACUACUAUGUUGAUCUCAUUAAUCCGGAUUUCUUGACCUACUUGGCGUUGGUGCACACUCGCUUCAGUACCAACACGUUCCCCUCGUGGGAACGCGCCCAUCCGCUACGUGUCUUGGCACACAACGGAGAAAUCAACACCCUUCGCGGCAAUGUGAACUUCAUGAAGGCUCGCGAAGGUGUCAUGAAGAGCGAGCAGUACGGCGAUGAGCUGAAGAAGCUCUACCCAGUGGUGGAACCGAAUCUGUCCGAUUCGGGCUCAUGCGACUGUGUGUUGGAGUUCUUGACCCAAGUGGGAAAUCGAUCGCUUCCGGAGGCCGUGAUGACCAUGGUACCGGAGGCGUGGCAGAACGAUCGCACUAUGUCGCAAGAGAAGCGUGACUUCUACCACUGGUCCGCUUGCGUUAUGGAACCGUGGGACGGACCGGCCCUGAUUUCCUUCACCGAUGGGCGCUACAUUGGAGCGAUCCUUGAUCGAAACGGUCUUCGUCCGUCGCGGUUCUACGUGACUCGGGACAACCUACUGAUCAUGGCUUCGGAAGUUGGUGUUUAUGACGUUGAUCCUAAAGACGUCACCCUCAAGAGUCGUCUGAAGCCAGGCCGUAUGCUUUUGGUGGAUACGGAGAAGAAAGCACUGAUUCAGGAUGUGGAGUUGAAGUCGCAGAUUGCCAGGUCCCGUCAGCACUCGGAAUGGUUACAGCAGCAGAUGAUCACUAUGGAUGAAAUACGCCAAGCAGCUAUGGAGCAAAAUGAUUGCAACGAAGUGAGUCUACCCUUGGAUGAGCAACGUGGCAUGAUGGAUCCGCGGUUGCAGUUGUACGGCUACACCACCGAAACCAUCCACAUGUUGCUGCUGCCCAUGAUCAAGAACAAGAAGGAAGCCCUCGGUUCUAUGGGUAACGACGCCCCACUCGCAUGUCUUUCUGCAUUCCAACCGCUGCCAUACGAAUACUUCAAGCAACUGUUCGCCCAGGUUACCAAUCCUCCGAUUGAUCCCUUCCGGGAAAAGAUCAUCAUGUCCCUGCAGUGCCCCGUUGGUCCGGAAGCCAACUUGCUGCAGGCCAACCCGUUGCAGGUUCACCGAAUCUGGUUGGACAACCCAAUUCUGAGCAUUCCGGAUACGAUGAUCCUCAAGCGAAACGUGCACCGCGGAUGGAAGACCAAGGUGAUUGACAUUACAUUCCCAGCUCGUGAGGGUCCCGAUGGCUAUCUGAACGCGCUGCGUCGCAUCUGUUCCGAGGCGCAGAGUGCGGCCAAGGGAGGCUACCAGCUGCUUGUGCUGUCGGACCGCGCUUCGUCCAGAGAUCGUGCCCCGGUUUCGGCGCUGCUUUCGUUGGGAGCCGUGCAUCACCAUUUGAUUGAAACGCGACAGCGCAUGAAGGUCGGACUUGUGGUCGAAACAGCGGAAGCUCGUGAGGUACACCAAAUGUGUGUGCUUUUGGGUUAUGGGGCGGAUGCAAUCUGUCCUUACCUGGUAUUUGAACUGGCCGAAGCGUUGCGUGAUGAAACUGUAAUCGAUCCGACUUUGUCUGAUGAUGCUAUCUACAAAGCCUAUGCGCAAGCUAUUGAGACAGGAAUUCUCAAAGUCAUGGCCAAGAUGGGUAUUUCAACACUGCAGUCCUACAAAGGGGCUCAGAUCUUCGAAGCGGUCGGUUUGGGUGCCGAUGUGAUCGAUUUUUGCUUCCGAGGAACUCAGUCCCGUAUUGGGGGAGUCAGUUUGGAAGUUCUUGCGCAGGAGGGUCUUCAGAGGCAUGAGUUGGUGUACGGAAACCAUAGCGUUGAUAUGAAAAUCUUGCGAAACCCUGGACAAUAUCACUGGCGGGCUGGAGGUGAAGGCCAUAUCAAUGAGCCUGCUGCUAUUGCAGCUCUACAGGAAGCUUCCAUCAAUGAGAACAAGGGAGCUUAUGCCCGUUUCCGCGAUACCACCAUGAAGAGUGUACAGCAGUGUGCUUUGCGAGGACAAUUGGAAUUCAUCAAGGGACGACCGAAGAUUGAUAUCUCUGAGGUUGAGUCCGCUAGCGAAAUCGUUAAACGUUUUGCUACCGGCGCUAUGAGUUUCGGAAGUAUUUCGUUGGAAGCACAUUCCACUCUGGCGAUAACUAUGAAUCGCAUCGGUGGCAAGAGCAACACUGGAGAAGGUGGUGAAAACGCUGAUCGAUAUCUGAACCAAGAUCCUCAGAACAAUAAGCGGUCCGCUAUUAAGCAGGUUGCUUCAGGUCGUUUUGGCGUAACUGCAGCUUACCUCGCUAAUGCUGAUGAUCUGCAGAUCAAGAUGGCUCAAGGAGCUAAGCCUGGAGAAGGCGGAGAGCUGCCAGGCUACAAGGUUUCGGCUGACAUUGCUAUGACGCGUCAUUCCGUGGCAGGGGUAGGUCUUAUCUCGCCUCCACCGCAUCACGAUAUCUACUCCAUCGAGGAUCUGGCUGAACUGAUUUACGAUUUGAAAUGUGCGAACCCGAAAGCUCGCAUCAGUGUCAAGCUCGUGUCGGAAGUUGGCGUUGGCGUUGUGGCGUCCGGUGUAGCCAAGGGCAAGGCUGAACACAUUGUCAUCUCUGGUCAUGACGGUGGAACUGGUGCUAGCUCUUGGACCGGUAUUAAGUCAGCUGGACUACCGUGGGAACUGGGCAUUGCCGAAACUCAUCAAGUGUUGGUGCUGAACGAUUUGCGUUCCAGAGUUGUGGUACAAGCCGAUGGACAGCUUCGAACUGGUUUCGACGUUGUUGUGGCCGCCAUUCUCGGUGCCGAUGAAUUCGGAUUCAGCACGGCUCCUCUGAUUGUGAUGGGAUGCACCAUGAUGCGCAAGUGCCAUUUGAAUACCUGCCCGGUUGGUAUUGCCACCCAGGACCCAGUGCUUCGUGCCAAGUUUGCUGGAAAGCCGGAACAUGUGGUUAACUAUUUCUUCAUGCUGGCCGAAGAGAUUCGUGAAAUCAUGGCUAGUUUGGGACUGCGCAAAUUCCAAGACCUGAUCGGGCGUACCGAUUUGUUGCAAGUGCGUGAAGACCUGACCAACAAGGCGGCUCUCCUGGAUCUGCAGAUGUUGCUCAAGAAUGCUUUGGAUCUUCGCCCAGGAACAAACAUUAUCGGCGGAUCACUGAAGCAAGACUUUGCUCUGGAGAAACGAGCCGAUAACAUGCUGAUCGAGAAGUGUAGUGGAGUUAUCAAUGGAACUGAGCAGUCUAUUACAAUGGAUAUGGAUAUUAAGAACGAGGAACGAGCUUUUACCAGCACUUUGAGCUACGUAAUAGCUCUGAAAUACGGAGAUGAUGGUCUGCCAAAUGGACGAUCCAUCAAUAUAAAUCUGAAGGGCGCUGCUGGUCAAAGCUUUGGCGCGUUCCUUGUAAAGGGUGUAACACUCAAUUUGAUUGGUGAUGCUAACGAUUAUGUCGGCAAGGGGUUGUCUGGUGGAACCAUCAUUAUUCGACCACCGGAAGAAUCACCAUUUGAGUCGCACUUGAAUGUCAUCGUUGGAAACGUGUGUCUGUAUGGUGCCACGUCUGGUAAAGCAUUCUUCCGCGGAAUUGCUGCCGAGCGGUUCUGCGUGCGCAAUUCGGGAGUUACGGCAGUUGUUGAAGGAGUAGGUGAUCACGGUUGCGAGUACAUGACUGGUGGAAUGGUUCUGAUUCUUGGAUUGACCGGUAGAAACUUUGCUGCUGGUAUGUCCGGAGGAAUCGCGUACGUUUUGGACGUUGAUGGUUCGUUCCGCUCCAAGGUCAAUCCCGGUAUGGUUGAAUUGUUGGGACUGGAUACAGAUGAGGACCGACUGACGGUUAAGGGAUUGAUGGAAGAGUUUGUUGAAAAGACUGGAUCGAUAGUUGCCAAAGAUUUGUUGACGAGGUGGCCAGAAUCAUGCAAUCGAUUUGUUAAGGUAUUCCCUUACGAAUAUCAGAAGGUGUUGAAGGCAUUGAAAGAGGAAAAUGCUCUUCAGCAAAAUACCAAGGCGAUUAUGAAUGGAACUCCGAAGCAUGAACCAAAGGUUAAGGAUAUUGAAGAAUCUAUUCAAGAUGCUGCUUUGGCCAAGAAGAAACUGGACCAAGUUUUGGAUAAGACGCGUGGAUUCAUUAAAUACAAGCGUGAGACGUCAGUUUACCGUAAUGCAGUUGAACGCCAAAAGGAUUGGGCUGAAGUUUACAACUUCCCACAUGUCCGCAAAAAUCUUAAGGUGCAAGCAGCUCGUUGUAUGGAGUGUGGUGUACCGUUCUGUCAAUCCAACUCCCAUGGCUGUCCUUUGGGCAACAUCAUUCCAAAAUGGAACGAUUUGGUGUUCAACGGCAGUUGGAAGGAAGCUAUCGCUCAGCUGUUGCAAACAAACAACUUCCCAGAAUUCACGGGACGAGUAUGUCCAGCUCCUUGCGAGGGAGCAUGUGUGUUAGGUAUUUCUGAGCCGGCGGUUACAAUCAAAAAUAUUGAAUGUACCAUUAUUGAUCACGCUUUUGAACAGGGCUGGAUUGUCCCUCAGAUUCCUACUGAACGAACCGGUAAACGCGUUGCAAUCAUUGGAUCUGGUCCAGCUGGUCUGGCCGCCGCCCAACAAUUGAACAAGGCUGGUCAUUUUGUUACCGUUUACGAAAGGAACGAUCGCCCAGGAGGUCUUCUGCAAUACGGCAUUCCAACCAUGAAACUGUCCAAGGAAGUUGUAAAGCGUCGCAUUGAUCUGAUGAAAGCCGAAGGUAUCGAAUUCAAGUGUAAUGUACAUAUUGGAAAGGAUGUCUUGCCAUCUCAGCUGGAGCAGGAAAAUGAUGCAGUACUGUUCUCAACGGGUGCUACCUGGCCUCGUGAUUUGAACCUGCCGAACCGUGACCUGAAGGGUAUCUACUUUGCAAUGGAGUUCCUGGAAGCUAGUCAGAAGAAGUUACUCGGAUCACGCCCGGAUUGGAUUUCGGCUGAAGGAAAGGACGUUCUAGUCAUCGGCGGCGGUGAUACGGGUUGCGAUUGUAUCGCGACAUCGCUGCGCCAGGGUGCCAAAUCGAUUACAACUUUCGAAAUUUUGCCAACUCCACCGGAGAAGCGUGCUCAGGAUAACCCUUGGCCUCAGUGGCCCAAGAUCUUCCGGGUUGAUUACGGCCAUGAGGAGGUACGAGUCAAGUGGGGUAAUGAUCCUCGUCAAUACAGCACCACUACGAAGGAGUUUGUGAGUGACGGAAAUGGUAACAUCAAGGGGGUCAACACGGUUCAGGUUGAAUGGACGCAGAGCCCAACCGGACAAUGGAGCAUGAAGGAAGUACCUGGAACCGAAAAGUACUACCCGGCUGAUCUAAUUCUCUUGGCUAUGGGCUUCUUGGGACCGGAGAAACUGGCCCCUACUGAGAUGAAGUUAGAACUUGACGGCAGAGGUAACAUCAAGACUCCGGUUGGAACAUAUGGAACCGCCAAUCCCAAAGUAUUCGCCGCUGGUGACUGCCGUCGAGGACAAUCGUUGGUGGUCUGGGCAAUCACCGAGGGACGACAAGCAGCUCGUCAGAUCGAUACCUAUCUUAUGGGUAAACCAAGCUCAUUGCCAGGACCAGGAGGAGUCAUUGAUCUGCGAUCCUAAGCACUUUGAGUGAUGUACGCGACGUUACACAAAGAUGAUUAGUAAGAUUUUGGAUAUCAGAUGUCAACUUCAAUGAAGCCAUUUGUAACGAUAGGUCCAGUACUGUUAGUUCCAGAUGAGGCAUUCAACAUUCAAUCAGAAAGAAACAGUGACAGGUUUUACAGAUAUAAAACUAUCUUGAACGUUUGAUACGUCCAGAACGGUUCACAAUGAACCCUAAACCCAGAUUGACAGAUGGAUAAAUCUAGUGAUUCUCAUGUAUUUUUGUUAUGCUUUUUCCGUACGAUAUUUCAUCAUUUCGAACAUAAAUCAGCUAUUUACUUUUUAUCAUCCUUAGUUAGUAAUUUAGUUUAAUGGAACUUUAUAAACAUUAUUGUAUUAUCGUUAGACACUGAACAACUGCUUAGUAACGGCCAAUAAAAAGCUUUUUUUUAUUUUGUAACCACGAAAAACCAAAUGUUUAAAAUCAUUGCUUAACGUAGGACAUUAUUUUCGGUUUACACUGUGAUAAUGUAGCUUCUUUUAGUGUUAGCAAUGUUGCCAACUGUAAAGUGACAACCAAAACCAGAAGAUGCAACGUAUCUGUGUUAUUAUUGUCAUUUUUACAAAACAUAAAAUUUAAGAUUCUUAAUCAUGUUGAUUAGUUCGCUUUUUGAGUUUUACUAUCGGAAAUAUAUAUUUACUGUUUCUCGCUUUGGGUUGUAUUUUGAUUUCCUCCUUCAUUCCCAUUCUGAAGUUUUUCUUUUUAUUUCGAAACUCAUUAGACUUGAGCCAACCAACAAACUACAAUAUCAACCAACUUCCAAUAUACCUCCUUCCACGACCACCGAAUAUCUCUCACAUUUGGGCAUCGAAUCAGCUGUCCUCGUCUCAGACUAUCAAGUAAUCUACCUAAAAGUGAAUUUAACAAAAAGUCAAUUAGACGAUGCAAACAAAAUGGUUUUUGUCCAAACUGGAUCUGACACAAAUUAUGUAUGUGUACUGACAAUAAUUAGAAGUUUAAAAACGUUUUGUGAAUUUAGAUUGCUAUACUUUCCGGCAGCAACACGGAAUGCUUAUGUAGGUCGAGCGUGAAUCAAGUAAAUUGCCAAUAGGGAAGCUAAAUGGAACGAAAGAAAUAUAAGUCCAAGACGGUCAUGUCACAUUCUCUAUCCACGCGUUCAAUAUUCAUGUACUCUUUAGCAGCUAUCUAAUCUACUGUACUCUUGUGUUAUCGACAAAAAAGACCAUUGAGAUUAUUCUGCAAAUCGGACGGAAGUUGGACGAACCGAUCCUACCUCCGGUGGUGACACGUGGAAGGACAACGUAAAUCAUAUCGACUUAUUUUACCUUUCCCGAGUCGCAGGAUAAGACUCAAUGUUGCAAUUGAAGUUUGAAAGUUAUCAAAACAUGAAAUGAAAUACAAACAUAUUUACACACUAUAGUUGAUGAAUUAGGCUGGAUGUUGAACCGGUAAAAUUGCGUUGAGAUUCGAAUAUAAACCGAAGUACAGUUAUCGGAAAAUCAGCAACGAUUAAACACGUGCUUAACGUUACAAAAUUAGCUGUGAAUCAAAUUCCUGCGUAUACAUAUAGAAAAUGCAAAGAUCGAAACCACAGAAAAAAAAAA